AUGGAGUUCAGUGCCAUGAGAAAGAAUGAGGUCACUCAGGAGAAAGUUAAAGAAGAGAGCCCAGAACCCAGGCCUGGAGAUCACCAACAGAAAGAGGCCCCGUCUAGGAGGAGUCCUGAAAGAGGAGCCUCCAGUCCAAACCUGCAGGAGUUCCAGCUGAGGCCACAGGAGUUCAGACCCACUCUGAACACGGAGCCCUUCGCCAGGUUCUUUCUCUCCCAUCCUAAUUCUUGCCAUCGGAUGCAGGCCCCUUGUAUCCUUGGAGUAAGGGCCACUGUUCCUCCGUAUCCUACCCCCAACUCCUCCAGCAUGUGCCCCCCUCCACAGAGACCCGAACUUCCUUUCAUCAGGGAUGAGUUAUUUUAUUCACCGACAGUGUCCUCUCUCUGUGUGAUGGCAUGCUCACGGACCUGCUCCCAAAUACUGGGGCUGAGCCUCGGGACUACAGCCCUGUUUGCUGCUGCGGCCAACACAGUGCUCCUCUUUCCUAACUGGGAUGUGACCUACCUGUUGAGGGGCCUCAUUGGCAGGCAUGCCAUGCUGGGCUCUGGGCUCUGGGGAGGAGGCCUCAUGGUUCUCACUGCAGCUACCCUCAUCUCCUUGACGGGCUGGAGAUAUGGCUGCUUCAGUAAGAGUGGGCCCUGCCAAAGUAUGCUUACUGCUCUGUUGUCAAGUGGCCUGGCUUUUCUUGGAGCCUUGAUUUGCUUUAUCACUUCUGGAGUAGCCCUGAAAGAUGGUCCUUUUUGCAUGUUCGAUGUUUCGCCCUUCAAUCAGACACAGGCUUGGAAACAUGGUUACCCAUUCAAAGACCUGCAUAACAGGAACUAUUUGUAUGACCAUUCACUCUGGAACUCUGUCUGCCUGGAGCCUUCUAAAGCUGUCAUUUGGCACGUGUGCUUCUUCUCCGCCCUUCUGUGCAUCAGCCUCCUCCAGAUUCUCCUGGUGGUCAUUCAUUUCCUCAACAGCCUCCUGGGCCUUUUCUGCAGCCUCUGUGAGAAGUAA